AUGAACCUGAACGUGAACGUGGAGGUGAAUGUGAACUUGAACCGGAACCAGAACCAGAACCAGAACCAGAACCAGAACCGGAACAUGAACCGGAACCAGAACCGGAACGUGAACCGGAACCAGAACCGGAACGUGAACCUGAACCAGAACCGGAAUGUGAACGUACACUGGAAUGAGAACUGGAACCGGAACGUGAGCCAGAACCAGAACCAGAUCCUGAACCUGAACUGGAACCACAGUCUGAACCAGAAUGUGAACGUGAACCUGAACGUGAACGUAGAUGUGAACCAGAACCGGAACCAGAACCAGAACCGGAACCAGGAUGUGAACCGGAACCAGGAUGUGAACUGCAACCAGGACGUGAACCUGAACUGGAACAUGAACCAGAACUGGAACCGGAACAUGAACCUGAACCGGAACCAGAACCAGAACGUGAACCAGAACUGGAACGAGAACCGGAACCGGAACGUGAGCCUUAACCGGAACCAGAAUGAGAACCGGAACAUGAACCUGAACUGGAAGGAACCAGAACCAGCACCAGAACUGGGACAUGAAGCAGAACUGGAACCGGGACGUGAAGCGGAACCGGAACCGAAACCAGAACGUGAGCCUGAAUCGGAACCGCAAUCUGAACCGGAACGUGAACUUGAACCUGAACAUGAACGUGGAUGUGAACCUGAACCAGAACCAGAACCGGAACUGGGAUGUGAACCUGAACAUGAACUUGAAGCGGAAGGUGAACCUGAACCCAGCAAUUCCCAUGCAGGUUUGUACAACCCCCAGUUGGGUAGCAGGGACCUGCCCAGGGACAGCUAUGCGAGCAUGGACUUUGCACCAGAUGGAGCUUUCCUGGCAGAAGGAACAGUUGACGUGCAGAAGGUGGCAGAACAAGCGGCAGGAGAAGGGCUGAUGGAAGAGGAGACACCAGCACUGGAGAAGGAAGAUUUUGUUGCUGAGAGAGGAGAUGCCCACACUGAUGAGGCCGAGGCAGAAAUGGCACAGGCAGGAGAUAUGCUGGUCGAGGAGGACACCAUGGCUGUGGUGUGGGCAGAGGGACAGCUUGUGGUGGAGGAAUCUGCACUUGAGGAGAGAGCCAUGGCAGGAGGAGAUGGGGAAGGAAAGGGGACAGAGAAGGGAAUGGAGCCGGGCACAGAGGGGUAG